AUGAAGAACGACAAGCAGCCAGACAGCUCGGCCGACGGCAGCUCCUUAACCUGGCGCUACACGCAGCGGUCGCUGCUGAGGACGAACAUCCGCCUGCUGUGGGCGCUGGGCGUGUGGCCGCUGCCCGGCUCCUGGCGGUUCUCGCUGCUCAAGGUGUGGCUGGCAGCGCUGGCCGUCGGCAACGCCAUCGAGAACGUGCUGGGCGUCUGGAAGAACUGGGGAGACCUCACCGAGGUCACCUACUCGCUGCUGAACGCGUUCACGAUAGGCGCCGGCGUGGCCAAGGCAUGCCACCUGAUGCUGCACGAGGAGCGCUACUGUCUGCUGGUGCGGCGCGUGGACCGGCUGGCGAACUCGCAGGGCGGCUACUGCGACGCCGACGCCGGCAUGCUGGCGGUGGCGGUCGGCAGCCGCAGUACGGCGCGCCGAGUCACGCUGGCCGCCUUCGCCUACCUCACGGUGCUCUGCCUCAUCUGGAUGUUUAUGCCGCUGGUGGCGCACCCCGGCGAGCGCCAGCUGCCGUUCAACCACAUCCCCUGGGAGCCGCAGAGCAUGCCGCUCUUCUACGAGCUCUCGUACGCCGUCCAGAGCGCGUCGUCCGUGAUAUACGUCUUCAUCAGUUUCGCCUUCGACUGUUUCUUUGCUGUCGUAAUGAUACUCGUCACCGAGCAGCUUAUGGUCUUGAACUUGCGCAUCAAGCAGCUGUACGCUCCUACCACUGGAGAUGGACCAAUCCAGAAAGAAAAGCAGCUUCCAGACAAAACAAUAACAGACAGGCAUGAAGUAAUGUACAAGCAACUCUGCCUUUGUAUUGAUACUCAUGAAGAUAUUAUCAGGCUGGUGUCGUUCCUGGACAGCGUGAUGCAUCCAAUCGCCUUAACUCAGUUCAUGCUGAGCGUCAUGGCUGCAUGCGUCACCCUCUUCCUGGAAUCAUACAGCCCCGACAGCAGCUCCGUCCUGAACAGCGUGUCCUAUCUGCCCACACCCGGCAUCCAGGUCUAUUUGUACUGCUGGAGUGCACACAACGUUCUCGAAGAGGGGGCUGCGGUGUCGGAGGCGGCGUACGGCUGCUCGUGGUACGAGGGCAGCCCGCGUUUCAAGCGAGCUCUCCGCAUAGUCAUGUGUCGCGCACAGAAGCCGCUGGUGGUCACCGCGGGCAAGCUCUACCCCAUCAGCAGGGCCACCUUCGUCUCGCUGGUGAAUGCCUCGUAUACAUAUUACGCUUUGCUGAGCCGGGUGCACAACCGAGGCUGAGUGUGACAGUAAGCUGUACUUUGAAG